CACACUCGCUCAUUCUGCUUAAGUCUAUCAUCUCGGGGUGAAGCCCAUCGCUUGCAGCAGGGGCCAUGGCGUCCUCGCUCUCUUCCUCCUCCUCUAUUUCUUCCUCUUUCUCCUUUACGUCCUGCCAAGCUUUCGGCCUCCAGGAGGGAAAGUGGGACUUUGGAUUACCUUCUAAGGCUUUCCCCCAGUGUCAGGGAUCGAUUCAUAGGGCGGUGGUGGCCCAUGGCGCAACCGUCGGUUCGCCGCGAUCUAGAAGCCAGGGCCGUCCUCGGGCACCCGUGCGCAAGCGCCUCUGGAAGGAGGGAUUGUAUCCUGGUACUUCAGAUUCUUCUGUUGCCAGCCCUACUAGGACUCCCAUCAAGAACCACAAGAAGAAGAUGGAUGACAAGAAGGCUGCUAAAGCGUGGGUUCCAACAGUCACCGAAUGCCUCGCUGAAAGAAUUGCGAAAAUGCAGUGGCAGGAAGCCCUCGAGGUAUUCCAAAUGCUGAAGGAACAACCAUUUUAUGAGCCGAAAGCUGGCACCUACAUGAAACUCUUUGUCCUGCUUGGGAAAUUUGGUCAGCCUUACCGUGCUCUUGAAUUGUUCGAUGAAAUGGUCGAGGAAGGAUGUGAACCUACUACUGAACUAUACACGGCUUUGCUUAGCGGAUAUUGCCGGAGCAAUCUUCUGGAUGAUGCAUUUUCUGUUCUUGACAAGAUGAAGUCUCUUCCUCUGUGCCAGCCUGACGUGUUCACCUAUAGCACACUCAUAAAAGCUUGUGUUGAAGCUUCUGAAUUUGGGCUAGUGGAUAGCUUGUUUAAAGAAAUGUCAGAACGUGAAAUAACUCCAAACACCGUCACACAGAACAUUGUCCUGGGUGGUUAUGGAAGGGCUGGAAAAUAUGAUAAGAUGGAGCAAGUUCUCAAUGAAAUGCUAGAGAGCACAACUUCUAAACCUGAUGUGUGGACAAUGAAUAUUGUUCUGGGCCUGUUCGCUAAUACUGGGCAAAUUGAGACGAUGGAGAAGUGGUAUGAAAAGUUUCGGAACAUUGGAAUUGAGCCUGAGUCUCGGACAUUUAACAUAAUUAUGGGAGCUUAUGGAAAGCAAAAAAUGUAUGAGAAAAUGACAGCAGUAAUGGAGUACAUGCGCAAAAUGUCAUAUCCAUGGACCACUGCCACGUAUAAUAAUGUGAUUGAGGCAUUUGCAGAUGCUGGGGAUGUGAAAAACAUGGAGUGUGCAUUUGAACAGAUGCGCGCUGAAGGUAUGAAAGCAGAUACCAAGACCUUCUGCUGCCUUAUAAAUGGGUAUAGUAGUGCUGGUCUUUUUCAUAAGGUAGUUAGCAGCAUCCUGUUGGCAGAGAGACUGGAUGUUGUGAUGACCACUUUAUUUUUCAAUUCUGUGAUAUCUGCCUGUGCAAAGGCAAAAGAUCUGAUGGAGAUGGAGAGGGUUUACCAAAGAAUGAAGAAAAAACAGUGUCGGCCCGAUGAUGCAACAUAUUCAAUCAUGAUACAGGCCUACCAAGAAGAAGGGAUGUAUGACAAAAUAUAUGAUUUGGACCAGGAAAGAUCAAAGAUAUUGAGCAACUCAGUUGCACAUUGAGGGAUCUCCUGGAACUGACGGCUUAUUUACUGGCUAAAGACUAAAUUUUCAUACACUAGUUUCUGACCUUUUUGAAGUUGUUAGUGGCAGGAACAGACUUAGAAGGAAACAUUCUUGAAAUUAAAGAUGGUCAUUCCCCAAGUUCUAAUUCACAUGAUUGUGGCCGAGGUAUAAAUGGGAAAUUAAUUGUUCUAAGUUGAAGCCAAGGAGCUGCUAGUGCUUUGUGCUCUUUAAUCAUCUAUCGAUUGACUGGGUCACUGGAGGACUUUGUUUCGUGUCUUGUUUUUAUUACUCUAUGAGAGCUCAACUUUUGUAUGACAAGUGAGAGUUGAUUGUUUGAUUGUAAUUUAAUUUUUUUGUGAUUGCUAUUGACAUCCUUGAAACGUGUGACUCAGAAACCAUGUUCAGAAACAGUCUUUUAUGUUAGUGAUUACUAGAGCCAGACUUGGGCCUACUAAAAGGAGGUCUACACUUCGUCA